AUGUCCUUCCUCGGCCUCGACCUCGCCUCAACAAACUACUCUUACUACUCCAUCCCCGCCGCCUUUCUCAUUACCAUGGCUCCCAAUGUGUACGCAAUGGUGUUGGCGGGGAAGAAUUAUGAUUUGAACCAACCCCGCCGCACAGAAGAGAUUUGUGCCAAAGAUACCUCCAUGCCCAAGCCCACCCUUCAAAAAAUCUCCCGCGCCAAAGCCGCAACAGCAAACGGCUUCGAAACCCUCUCUCUCUACGCCGCCUCCGUCGUGGCAGCCAACGCCUCGGGCGUCGUCCCCGUCUCCAAGCUCAACACCCUCACCCUCGGCUAUGUCGUCUCCCGCGCCGCCUACAACUUUGUCUACGUCGUUGCCCAGGACAACAAGAAGCUAGCCAGCAUCCGGCCCCUUGUCUGGGCUGCUGGCGUGAUCAUCAUUAUGAAUCUGUUUGUGAGUGCUGGUGGAAAGGUCUAA